CUGAGGAGUCCAACAAGGGAGGAUGCUGCUGGCCAGGUCUCCAUCCUUGAUGCGUACCUCCACCCUCUCCCUGUCCCCUUGUGGUUUUCUGUUCUUCAGCGAGCAGAAGGAGCAAGCGAAGUAACUUUUCCUGAUAUGGUUUGUUACUAUGCCAAGGAAAAGGGAGCAGGGUGCUUAGUCUGCAGCCAUAAGCUUUUCUGCACUCUCGCACAAAACGUCCCUUCUAUAUGGAACACAAACUUCCAUCCUCGCCUGACACAAGUUACAGUUCAUCAGUAAUUUCCGAAUGACUUGGAAAAAGCAUGCAACAGUGUUUCCGAAUGACUUCGAAUAUGUAUGCAACUAAAUUGAAUUAGGAUUCGCAGUUCUUCAUUUAUUUGCAUGGAUUUAAAUUGCAUGUGUAUCAGUAAAAAAUGUAUUGGUGAAACCUUUUGAUAAUUUUCUAAUGAUACUUUUAGAUUCUAAAUAUUAAUUCCAGUAGUACACAUUCUGAAUGUUCACUUGCUGGUAGUUGAAGUAUUUUCUUAGAAGUUUCGGGAUUUGAGAAACUCAACGAACUGAGACAAACUGUAGAUGUAAAGCUAUUUUUUUUAAUGUUUUGUGGAAGAGCCUUAGAAAUAUGGCUGAUAAUCUUAAUGUUUACACUUGUGAAGUGUGCGGCAAAACAUUUUCACGAUUGUGCAAGCUAAAGAGCCACACACAUGUCCAUAUGACAGAUGAAGGUCAAUUAUUUUGGGAUGAAUUUGCACAAUUGCCAGAUUUCAUUGAUACCCAGCAGUAUGAGGAGAUGAAUCCCAGUUUAUGCAUGUUUAAUAAUAAAGGUAUUAGUGAAGAUAACCAGAUAAAUGAUUGUCAGGUCUUUCAUAAAGACGAGAAAACAAGGGAAUCUUACAAAGAAAGCAUUGUUAAUUUAAUUACUGAAGAGGUGGAAGUGUUAGUUGAUGGUAGACUUUAUUACGAAUGCCAGGUUUGCAAACAGAGAUUAACACAGAAAUCUUCCCUUAGGAGUCACUUAAGAAAGCAUACUGGAGAAAGACCUUAUAAAUGCAAGGAUUGCGAGAAAACUUUUACAUUUUACCAGUGUCUUUGGAAUCACUCAAGAAAACACAAAAGGGAAAAAAGUUUCCAAUGUAAUUAUUGUCAGAAAUGCUUUGUGUAUUACCAGAGUCUUUGGAAUCAUAAAAAGUCUCAGUCAUGCAAAGAGCCAUGUGUGUGUAGCAUUUGCGGUGUUAAGUGUGCAUAUUUUUGCCAACUCAAGGCUCAUGUAAGGCAACACAUGGAUGAAGAUUCAUACACAUACAAUGAAAUAAAUGGUGCAAAUUUGAAAGUAUACGGUAGGAUCAACUUUGACGAGAAGUUAUUUAAGUGCAAUAUUUGUGAGAGAAGAUUCAGUGCCAACUCAUCUCUUGAGAGUCAUAAAAUCCAGCAUUCUAGUAACAGACCAGAUCGAUCUAAAAUCAGUCAAGUUAUGACAGAUUCACCAAUAAUUGAAGGACAAUUAGUAACGGUAGAUGAUGAGGAUCAUAGGCAAUAUAAUAAGGGAUAUAAGCAAUGUGAUGCCUGUAAGAAGACAUUCGUGUACACAAAAUGUCUUAUUAACCAUUUAAAAACUCAUGAAAAUAAAACAUUUAUGUGUCAUGUUUGUGAAAAGAGUUUUACAAAACUGAGAGAUUGGAAGAUUCACUCUAGAGUUCAUACAAGUGAAAAGCCUUAUGUAUGUUUGGUGUGUGAUAAAUCAUUCAUUGAAUACUGUGAUCUUUUGAAGCAUAAUAAAGUGCAUGCAAGUAAAAAAACAUUCAAAUGCGGCGAGUGUGGGAAAUGUUUUCUACAUUCAUUUAAUCUGAAGAGUCAUGAUCGAGUACAUUCAGUUAGAAAUCCAUACAAAAUAAGAAAACACAGAAAGAGACCAAAGUGCCACAGUGAACUACAAAACAACAAGAACAUACCAACAGAAGUGAAGUCUGAAGGUAGGCUCUGCAGAGAAAGUUUCGCAAACUCAAACAAACUAACUCGGCAUUGCAAAAUGGCACACGGGGACAUAAUUGAGAAAUCUAGGAAUAAAGUAUAUAAAUGUGCAGUGUGUGGGGCAGUUUUUGUUUCAAAAGAUGACAUUAUGAAUCACCAAAAAUGUAUAGAUUCCAAUAUUUGUGACAAGCAAUUUCAAUGUAGUUACAUAAUUUGCUUUCACAAAAGUUCAUAUAAUUAUCAUAAGGCAUCUCAGGAGUUUAUUGAAAGUAAUGAAGAAAGUGACAUAACUAUGCUGGGAGCAAAUCAUUCGAGUGAUAUCCCGAAUGAAAAUGAAAAAAGCAAGGAAGUGUUAUUUAUUUUGCCAGAAAAUCACGAACAGAACUACCUGGAAAUAGUUGAAAUUGAACUUAAUAAUUGCCAAGAAUUAUUUAAGCUUGAAAGUAAUAUUUACAAUAUUAUUGAAGGCGUUGUAGAACAGGUAGGUGAAUCCCAAGGAGAGAAUGAUUCAGUCAUGAAAACAAAUUUUGUUAGCCGUGAUCAGUGUGUACCAGUAUCCAACAGGUCUGGUGAAAGGCCAGGGAUCCCAGAUAAGUAUAUUUUAGUAGGAACUGCUGAGACUGUCAUCCAAAUGAGAGGCGGAAAACAAUUAUCUAGCACUGAAGUCACUACCGAACUUACAUCAUCUCAAGAGAGUUGUGUAGAUACAUUUCCUAAUGGGGAUGUAUAUAAUUGUACGGAACAUUUUGUGAAUAAUGACAGUCACCCCAUGGAACUUAUUGUGAAUGGUGACAGUCACGACGUGGAACAUGUUGUGAAUGGUGACAGUCACGACGUGGAACAUGUUGUGAAUGGUGACAGUCACGACGUGGAAUAUACUGUGAAUGGUGACAGUCUUGAUAUUGAACGUAUUGUGAAUGGUGACAGUCAUGAUAUUGAACGUAUUGUGAAUGGUGACAGUCACGAUAUGGAACAUAUUGUUAAUGGUGACAAUCACCGCGUGGCAUAUACAAAUAAUGACAGUCACUACAUUGAACAUUUUGUGAAUAAUGACAGUCACCGCAUUGAGCAUUCUGUGAAUAAUGACAGUCAACGCAUUGAACAUUCUGUGAAUAAUGACAGUCAACGCAUUGAACAUUCUGUGAAUAAUGACAGUCAACGCAUUGAACAUUCUGUGAAUAAUGACAGUCAACGCAUUGAACAUUCUGUGAAUAAUGACAGUCAACGCAUUGAACAUUCUGUGAAUAAUGACAGUCAACGCAUUGAACAUUCUGUGAAUAAUGACUGUCACCGCAUUGAACAUUCUGUGAAUAAUGACUGUCACCGCAUUGAUCAUUUUGUGAAUAAUGACUGUCACCGCAUUGAACAUUCUGUGAAUAAUGACUGUCACCGCAUUGAUCAUUUUGUGAAUAAUGACUGUCACCGCAUUGAUCAUUUUGUGAAUAAUGACUGUCACCGCAUUGAUCAUUUUGUGAAUAAUGACGGUUACCACACGGAAUACGUGAAUAAUGAUGGUCACCACAUGGAUUAUGUGAAUAAUGACUGUCACCGCAUGGAGUACGUGAAUAAUAUUGGCCACCGCAUGGAGUAUGUGAAUAAUGACGGUCAUCGCAUGGAGAAUGUGAAUGAUGACGGUCAUCGCAUGGAGAAUGUGAAUGAUGACGGUCAUCGCAUGGAGUAUGUGAAUAAUGACGGUCAUCGCAUGGAGUAUGUAAAUAAUGACGGUCAUCGCAUGGAGUAUGUGAAUAAUGACGGUCAUCGCAUGGAGUAUGUAAAUAAUGACAGUCAUCGCAUGGAGUAUGUGAAUAAUGACGGUCAUCACAUGGAGUAUGUAAAUAAUGACGGUCAUCGCAUGGAGUAUGUGAAUAAUGACGGUCAUCGCAUGGAGUAUGUGAAUAAUGACGGUCAUCGCAUGGAGUAUGUAAAUAAUGACGGUCAUCGUAUGGAGUAUGUGAAUAAUGACGAUCAUCGCAUGGCACACUUUGUGAGUAAUAACAGUCACCAAAUGGAGCAAUUUGUUAAUAAUGGCAAUGAUGACGUGGAGCAUUUUGUUAAUGACAGUCAUUCUAUAGGACAUUUUGUUAAGAAUAACAGUGUUCAGUGUAGUGUAUGCGGUCAAGUUUUCUCCACAUUAACUGCAUGGGUCAUGUAAUGGGUCAUAUCAAAUUUGUGUAGGUGAAAAUUUUUGGCCCUUUUUCCAAUUUGUUUAUACACACCCUACGCGGGUGCAUAUUUGCUACAAUUAACUAUCUAAUACCAAAAUAAUUUAUGAAUAAUCCAAGCAUUAGAAUUGUCUUACUCAGUUUACAACAAUGCAGUAAUAAGCACAAGGUUUAUAUUUAAGUAUUUAGAUUUUGUAUUUUGGAAGGGCUCUAACUGAACUAAAUUAGCAUGCCACGCCUUGAAAAUGCCUUUUUAUGUAUAUUGCAAUUGAAAGUUUUUUUUUUUUUUUUUUUUUUUUUUUUUUUUUUUUU